UCUCUCUGUAUAAAAGUGUCGAACGUCCAAGCAGGAAUUUUAACAGCUACUCAGGAGAAACGAAAUGAUCUGCCCUGGAGCCGCAGCAAAAUGCUGGAUGGACAUCUACUCCUGGGAUGGUUAUCGUUCACAGUUAUAGUGCAUCUUCUCACCCUGCCUGGACCAACCGCGGCGUAUUUCGGGCUGACAGGUAAUGAACCGUUGUCAAUCCUGCCACUGAACUCUCUACCAGAGGAGAACGUGGGCAGGGCCCACUACAAGCUGUGUGACCGGCUAAAACUGGAAAAGAAACAGCGCAAGUUGUGCAGACGAGACCCGGGUGUUGCAGAGACCCUAAUAGAGGCCAUCAGCAUGAGCGCCCUAGAAUGCCAAUAUCAAUUCCGCUUUGAGAGGUGGAACUGCACCUUAGAGGGACGCCACCGGGCCAACAUACUAAAGAGAGGAUUUAAGGAGACAGCCUUCUUGUAUGCAAUCUCCUCAGCGGGUCUAACCCAUGCAAUGGCUAAAGCUUGUAGUGCAGGACGGAUGGAACGCUGCACAUGUGACGAAGCUCCGGAUCUAGAGAACCGCAAGGCGUGGCAGUGGGGUGGCUGUGGUGACAACCUUAAGUAUGCUAACAAGUUUGUUAAGGACUUCCUGGGCAAACGCUCCAACAAGGACCUCCGUGCACGUGUGGACAUGCACAACACCAAUGUGGGCAUGAAGAUCAUCAAGGCUGGAGUUGAGACCACUUGCAAAUGCCACGGAGUCUCCGGUUCCUGUACCGUCCAGACCUGCUGGAGGCAACUCUUGCCCUUCCAUGAGAUUGGCAAGGAACUGAAGCAGCGAUACGAGACCUCCAUCAAGGUUGGCAGUUCAACCAAUGAAGCCACAGGGGAGGGUGAAAUCCCCACAGGUCGAGGCCAGCAGCAGCAACAACCGCAGCAGCCGCAGCAGGUGCUGCCCGGCCUCGGCGACCAGAUCCCUCGCACUAUGGAUCUACUCCAUAUUGAGGAUUCACCUAGUUUUUGUAGACCCAGCAAGUACUCAUUGGGCACCGCCGCCCGCAAGUGCUACAAGGACAAGAACUGCGAUGCCAUUUGCUGUGGGCGAGGCCACAACACCCAAAGCAGGGAGGUGACCAGGCCCUGCCAGUGCCAGGUGGUCUGGUGCUGCUAUGUUGAAUGCAAGCAGUGCACACAGAGAGAAGAGGUGUAUACCUGCAAAGGGUAACCCCAUCGCCUGGCGCUCCCUGUUCCUUAACGACGAAUGGAGAAAGUGAAUGACGGCGGAGAGGUUAAGCAAGAUUUCACCUUCACUGUUGGACCUGCGAACGAGGGAGAGCGAGCCAGUUUAGAAGUAGGAAGCACUUUGAGCGACUUUUGUUGGUUGAGUUUGUUGGCGACCGUAUCUCGGGUUUACGGGAGUAACCACCCCGCCUGUUGUCUCAGACAACUGGGUCAACAUCUCAAGCUUUUUGUUGCAGAAUUACCUUGAAGAAAUUACACAAGAAAACAGAAACAAUGGAGAUUAACAUCUGCAGAAAACGGGGGACCCAGGAAUAGGACAGCGAUGGCAACAGACUGGUUUUGAGGUUUUGCCCAAAAAGGUGUGAAUGAGUUUAUGUGUACGUGUCUAUUGUUACAUGUUUGUAUGAGAGUGAACUUGAGCUGGAGG